CAAAUAUACGAAAUGAACUUACUUAUUUUGAUAUUAGGCUAACUGAAGCUGAACUAUGUGAAAUAGUAAAAAUUGUGACGAUUGAUGAUUAUGUUACGGGUGAGGAGGAACUAAGUGGAAACAAUGAUAAUACAUAUGAAGAAAGCUCAAAUUCAUUAUCUCAAACCACUAUAAUCUUAGAGGACAUUGUUAAUUUGCGGAAUUCCGUUUUUCAAGACAGAAAAAUCAUAUCAUUUGAAUCUCCUACUGACAUUGCAGAUUCUAAUAUUGAAGGCGAUAUUGAUCUGGACUUUAGUCCUGAGGAUCUUGUCAACACUGUUUUAAGUGUUGAAUUAUAA